UGGACUUCAUAGAACCGAAAGCUGCGCUGUAUGCAUCACAUUUGAUCACGUUGUUCCAUGUGCGUUUGAUAAUUUCUCGGGAUUGUUAGGCGCCGGUUUUUUAUAAAAUGACACAAGUCGUACGCGAGAAUAACGAAUUAAAAAGAUUGCUCAAUAAUCCGGCAAAAAAUGCAGGCGAAGAUGGAUCCAUGGCUCCACCGCUAUCGACCAAUGUACCAAGGCCGAGCACAUCGCAAAAUGUUAAUCCACAAUCGACAAUGAGUCCAAUGAUACCAGCUAAUAGCACAACAGAAGAAGUUUUAGAACCUUGUCUGCAGAAUGUAGUGUCCACUGUUAAUUUGCAAACAGAACUGCAACUUAUGUAUAUUAAUGUAAGAACGAGAAAUUCCGAGUACAAUCCAUCGAGAUUCACUGGACUGAUAAUGAGGAUACAGAAUCCUAGAGCCACAGCAUUGAUCUUUCGCUCAGGCAAAUUAGUAUGUACUGGCGCGAGAAGUGAGGAGGAUUCACUUUUGGCAGCAAAAAAAUUUGCUAGAAUAAUCCAGAAGCUUGGAUUUUCUGUAAAGUUCUCCUGUUUUAAAAUACAAAACAUAGUUGCAACAUGCGACUUAAAAUUUCCAAUCAAAUUAGAGAGUUUGAAUCAGAUGCACGGUCAAUUUUCUAGUUACGAACCAGAAUUAUAUCCUGGUUUGACAUACAGAAUGGUACUACCUCGGGUAGUGUUAUUGAUAUUUGUAAAUGGUAAAGUUGUAUUAACAGGGGCAAAAAAUAGGAAUGAAUUGCAAGAUGCAUUAAAUAAUAUAUAUCCGAUAUUAAAAAGUUUUAAAAAACCGUAAUAUUUAUUUGCAAACAGUAUUUUCAACAAUCGCUGCAGUGUUUGUGCGACGAUUGUUAUAAAUAAAAUGACAAGAUAUAAAUAUAGAAAAUUAGAGAGAUUGUAUGUCGAAAUGUCUGUUCUUUGAGGAACAAUGAAGAAAGCAGUUUGUAUUUUGAACACAUUUCUACAUUUUUUGUAAUAAUCUUAUAAUAAGAAUGUAAUUAAUAAUAUAUGUAUAUUUUGUUAUUUUAUAUUAUAUCAUGCAUAA